CAGCUCUCUUGGGACUGUUUGUGCUCUUGCAGCUACAGGACCCCAUGGCAAAGGCAGCUUCGUGGGGAGAGUGCUGGCACUGGCACUAGCAAAUUGUGAUGGUGUUUGCCAGCUGCUGCUCUCACUGUCAGGUCAUCUCCCAGUCCCUGGAGUGCAGGAGGGACCCCACAGCCCUCCCUCCCCACCUGGCCCCUGCAGUAUUUGUGGUAAUCAGGCGAGCUGACUCCUUCAGCCCUGGCUUCCAUGCAGAAUGGUGCAGCAGUCCUGGCAUCCACAGCUGCCAGCCUUCCCCUGUCCUGCUGGCAGAGGUGCUGUCUGGAGAGAGGGAAAGCCCCUUUGUCCCUUCCUCACCAGCCUCUAUUGCAGGGGAAAAGCUGGUCUCUGAGUGCAGUAAAACAGAAGACUCUGUCUGUGCCCCUUGUGAGAGCGGGCACUAUCAGCCAAGCUGGACCAAGGAGAAGCACUGUGCUCCUCAUGAUAUCUGUGAAGGCAAUGCCGGCCUCAUUGAGAAGAUAAAAGGAAAUGCAACACACAACACGGUGUGCCAGUGCCGGGCUGGCACACACUGCUCUGACAUCAGCUGCCAGACCUGCGUGGAGAACCAGCCUUGCCAGCUUGGCUCUGGCUUUGUGGCAGCCAAGGCCAUGGACCGGAUGUCAUCCCCCUGUGAACCCUGUGCAGAAGGCACCUUCUCCAACGUCUCGUCUAAAACCGAGCCGUGCCACCCCUGGACAAGUUGUGAGGAAAAGGGGCUGGUGGUGAAGGUGAAAGGGACGAACUCCUCGGAUGUGAUCUGCGAGUCGAGCAGGCGCUCCUCGCUGUCAGUGCUGAUCCCCAUCACAGCUGCAGUUGUCACAUGCCUCGUGGGUGUCUGCAUCUACUGCCUGGUGCACACAGAUUCCAGGCGACGAGUGCCAAAGGAGAUAGAGGCUGGGGAGCCCGGAGAGAACCCAGAUACCCAGCAGCCCAUGGAGCAGGAUGAGAAUGUCUUGCCUGUGCAGGAGACCCUACUCAGGGGCCAGCCUGUGGCCCAGGAGGAUGGCAAGGAGAGCCGCAUCUCGGAGCAGGAGAUGCUGUGAAGGCACAGGGCACUGCCCCCGACAGGAGCACAGACUGGACAGCACCAUCUCCUCUGUCCCCUCUCCAGCUGGGGAGGAAAUCUGGCAUCUGGCCUGACUGCAAAUGAUGUGAUGCUGCAAUGGACCAUGGCACGACCACCCUACGGGAAUACCACUACAACUCCUGGUCUGGUCACCUGCACAGGGCUGCCCUGGUGGAGCAAGGCUUGGCUGCUUGCAUGGGGACAUGGAACAGAACCCCAUCCUGCUUCCUGCCCAGGUGAUGCAAUGACCUGGGUGGCUGCUCACCUGCUGAGCCCUUGCAGAGCCCCUGGCCACAGCAGAGUGUCACUGCUGACAGGAAGACCCCAGCACAGAUCCCUGUCUCCCUGAGUGCUGGAGAAGCCAGGGCUGGGAAAGGGGGCUGCUGGUGUGAGAUCCCCGCGGCAGAGUUCAGUCCCGUGUCUGGGGUGCUGUGGAAGCGCUGCCCGCGGUGGAGCAGGGCCUGCUGGCGUCCGGACAGGGCACCCCGGCCCCUGCCGGGCUCCGUGGGAGGAACGCAGGCAGGAGCGGCGGUCGCACGGCUCUGCCCGGGGCCGGAGCGCAGACACCGGCGUGCGGCGGCCGGGAGAUGGUGCUGCGGGACCGGCGCGGGCUGCGCGGGGCGGGACCGGCACCGCCCGCCCCCGCCCCGUCCCGCCUCCGCUCCAGAUGGCCUCGGGGGGCUCUGGCCUCGGGAGGCUCUGGCCACGGGCUUGCCCAGCGCGGGGCCCCCUCCCGCGGCUCCCCUGCCCGUCCGUGCGGGAGCGGCCGCGCUCCAUCACCCUCCAACCACCGCUGGCGAAACCGUGUGAUUAAACGCGAUUAUCUGCC